UGUGUCACCUAAGCCUUAUUUAUCAAGUAUUACUUGUCAUUACAUGUCACUUUAAGCUAUAAAGAAAUCGUAUGGCAUAGCAAUUCACACACAAAAUUUCAGAAAAAAGAAAUUGUCAAAGAGUCUGUUGUAUCACAUAAUAUUAUUAGGGAUUUAUGACAGCUGCUCAUGAAGAGCAAAUAACGAAAUGACAGAACCCAAAAUAGUUCUUUCCUAAGGAGGUAAUUAAUUUUUCAGCUUAACAUAGGCCUGGAUGCCUUUCAGUCUCUCUUUAUGUGCUGGACACACGUGCAUGUUUUGACAGAGAAGCAAGCAUCGUGGCACAAGUCACAUCAUUUACAAUUUCCGCAGUUUGUCUAAGCUUUACAAAGCAAAAACAAACAAAAAAGAAUCUGGUCUCAUAAGCGAAAAAACAGAAACAAGGUAGCCCAAGCUUCAAAAAACAGCACAGUUUAUCAUGAAGCCUCUACAUUUGGCACUGAAGCACUCAUGUCCAAAAAUAAUAACAGCUUAUCAAGUCAUAAAAGUGAGACUCAGGUGCUACAAGAUUGACUCAAAUCAUAAAUGGUGGAUGGUUUAACUGCUGAAACUGUAGAAAGGGACCGGGCUAACUUUUAGGGCCUGCUUACAUGGAGGUGGGGUACGCCAGGUAGGUAGGUGAGGUAACCCGCCUGUCCAUAUAAUCUCUCAUUUUAAUUUGAUCAUGUUUACAUGAUAGGUGUGGUGACGAUGAUGAUGAUGAUGAACUUUAUUUCAGUGUCAGGUCCUCUAGCUGGCCAUGUAAGGCCUACUAAUAGGAGACACUAAAUUAAAAUACUAUCAGCUGUAACUAAUAAUAAUAUGAAAAAUAUAUUUACAAAGAAUAAAAUUUACAAAAUCAUUCUACUACCUGAGAAAUUUCUGCAGUUUGAUUGGCUAAGAGCAGUGGUAUUUCAGCUUAAUUUGAAAUACCCACAUGUGAAAACUACAAACCUUUUGUGGGUAGUAGUAUAAACAAAUAAUAGCAUGAUUUGUACGUGAUAUUUGGCAUAAAUACCACUUGUGAUACCCGGUAUUUCAAAAUUGUCUCAAAUUUCACUCGCCUAGUGGCUCGUGAAAUUACGUAUAACAAUUUUGAAAUAUCACUUGUGGUAUUUAUGCCAAAUAUCACUACAAAUCAUGCUAUUACCUAUACGUAUACAUACUAAAAAUAUAUUGAUAAAACGUAUUUGGAUUUAUCAUAUAAAAUAAUACUUAUUGAUUAAGAGGUGUCCUUUUUGUCUAGACAAUGUCAUUUGCGUACAACAUAGAAAGCAGUUUUUACAGCCCUCUGUGAUUACUUGUUCAAGAUCUACCUUACGAAUUUUCUUUUUAAAGCUGUAAAUUGAUUCUGCAUUUUUUACAUCCUUGCUUAGUUUAGACCAUAUUACUGGGCCCAUGUAUCUUAGGCUAAUUCUCCCUUAAGUUGUUGUGUUGUAUUGAGGAAUAAAAAAGUCACCAGAAUUUCUGAGUCCAUAGCGAGGUUUAUCUAGCUAUAAUCUUAGCUGCACAAUUACAAAGUGGGCACAUUGUCAGUUACGGUUCAUGAGGUCGUUUAUGUGGCAUGUCAAAAAUUUAACGAUUCUGUCGUUUAGGAUGUGAUACAUUUGGGUUUUAUGUUAUUGUAGGACAUCUUUGAAAGCUGGCUUUGUGAUCUGUUUAAAUUCAUAUGUAAUGAUGUUACCACUGGCAAGUCUUAGCAGUGACACUGAUAGCCACACAGUGAACAUGGCCACACUUACCGGAGACUGGGCACUAGUCAGUAUUAUGUACAUGUAAAACUAUUUUGAAUAGUGUAACAACAACUAAACAUUACCAAAUUAAAAACUUAGAAAUUUGAAACAAAUGUUUUUUAGCCAAAUCAAAGAAUAAGAGUACUUACCACAGGGUACCCAAUCUGCUUUUACAGGUGAAAGUUAACCCCCCCUUUUAUCUGUAAUUAGGACCAUUUGUAAACGGGCACCCCUCCAGUAUUAAUCGGUAGGUGCUAAGGAAGCUCUGUGCCAAAUUUGACACCUUUGUCACGUCUGUAACGAUCCGGCCUAUAUUUUGCACUAAGAGACCUGACUACCAUGCUUUUUUACUUUUUCAUAGCCAUCAUAGGUUACCUUACUUUUCAUUCCAAAUAAAGGUGAUUCUGAUGAUGAACUGUUAGAUGAAGAACCUGACUUAGAUACAGCCAUGUUAAAUCAUAGUGGUGGUGUUAAUAGAAUACGGGUAAGUUAACAUUUUUAAGAAGAAGGGUCUUUUAGGGGCUUUUCAAUAAUUAAUAUUACCACUUAAUUCUCCUUUUACACUCAGGGCACUUUCCAAAAGUCAGACCUGGCAGGCCAGACCAUGGCCGGACCUGUCAUUUUGAAAAUGAAAUAGUCUUUUUCCAAGAGUUUUUGCUGAUAAACAAUUUCCUUCGCACAUGCUAUAUAGGAUUUGACUGAUGUGGCUGGAUAGCUUUGAUUAAAAGUUAAAUUCUCAUAAGAUGGGAGUAGCCUGGCUGGUCAGUUCUUACAAUUGGAAAUUGCUGUAGGCGAAUAUGAACUGUAUUUUAUUCCAAGGAUUGUCAGGCUCGAUUCCUAAAAGGUUACAACACUCCGAAGGGUCCAACUUCUAAAGGAUUACACAGGAUUCCACAGAUUCAAUUCACUUAAGGCUCACAGAUCGUCAAGAUGGCUACAAGAACGCAACACGUUUUCGGAUCUCUCCCAGAAGGCCUAGCGCGCUCCUAAACUCUUACGUCAUCGCGCACACUCCCCCCCGUGGACCAUGAAGAAUGGUCCACCUUCUAUACCUAGAAUCAAACAUCGAAAAGAAAUAAAAAAAUAAUAAUGAUAUAACUCAGUGAAUAUAGUCCCUCUCUCAAAAAAAACUGUUCAAUGUUGAGAAUACAUAAACAAACUUAAUGUUCGUCUUGUAAUUCAGAAAUCCACUGUCUUCUUCUUCGCUCUCCCUCGACUGCAGCUCUACGCCGCUCUCGAUUUCCUCUCGCUCGACCUUGCGUCGGCUGUUCCGGUGAUUCAAGUACUUGUUCCUGAGGAGCUGCUUCAUUCGUAGAACAGCUUACUUCCAGUGGGUACAACAAUUGUAGCGGUCUCCUUAAGAGUCCACCUCCACUUGAUCCUCUCCCUUGGACUCUGACCUCAGCACCUCUACUCUGCCCAUCCUUGCUCAUCAGAAGCCGUUCCACCUUGCCCAUCUUCCAAUAAGAUCUUGGGUGGGUUUCGUCAUGAACCAAUACCAGAUCUCCGACACACACUACCCUUGAUCCCGCCGUCUUCUUCAAUUGGUUAUGGGCAUUUCGUAAUUCAAGAAGGUAUUCUGCUCUCCAACGCUUCCAAAAAUGAGUCAGAAUCAUAUCAAGGUGUCUUGCUCUUCUGCUCAGGUCGUCCGGCGAAAUUCUAAAGUCUUCAUCUGAAGGACUGUCUAUUUCAAGAAGGGCGCCGAGUCUUCGACCAACAAUGAGGUGGGACGGUGUGAGGGGUUCUUCCAGGUCCUCAGAAGAGACAUAUGAAAUGGGUCGGCAAUUUAAAAUCAUUUCAGCUUCUGUAACAACAGUUACAAGUUCAUCAUAGGAAAGCUUGGCUCGGGCCGAUUGUCUUCUUAAGACAUCUCUUCAGUGACUUGACAAGUCGUUCGUAAAAGCCUCCCCACCAUGGGGCUUUCUCUAAGUUGUAGGACCAUUUGAUCUUCUCUUGAGCAAAGUACUUAACAACACUGGGAUCAUUUGUAAUCUUCUCAACCUCCUUAUAAGCACUCUUGAAGGUCUUCGCAUUGUCUGAUACCACUAAAGAAGGCCUUGAACGACGAGCUACAAAUCUUCUGAAGCACCUCAGAAAUGCCUCUGAAGUCAUAUUGGGCACAACCUCGAAGUGGACAGCCCUCGUAGAACAACAAGUAAACAAACAAAUCCAGACCUUACAUUCUUCGUCACUGGUAGACUUCACAAAAAGAGGUCCAACAUAAUCCAAACCGAUGUACGAGAAUGCAGGCGCCUCUUUCACUCUGUAGUUAGGCAGGGGUGGAGCUUGUGGAACCUUAUACGGUUUCCCUUCAAACUUCUUACAAACUGUGCAUCUAAACAACAAACGUCUGAUAAAGUAUCGGCCUCGAACAAUCCAAAAGUUCGAUCUCAACUCGGUGAGUGUUUCCUUAACUCCUCCAUGCAUGACUCUUUCGUGACAUCUCCAGACUACAAGUGUAGUUAAGUGGUGGCUAGCGUCAAGCAAGAUUGGAUACUUCGCAGAAUCCGUAAGCUCGCUGUUCCCGAGUCUACCUUGACAUCGAAUAACUCCCUUAUCGUCCUCAAACAACCCUAGCUGGUGCGACCUCAUCUUAAACUUCUCCUUACUCUUCAUCUCUCGUUGUACUUCCUUGAUCCAUAGAAGUUCGGCUUCUUCUAUGUCUGCACCGGUCACACGUAUCUCCGGCUUCUGAUUCACAUCUCCCUGUCGCUGUGCCUUUAAUAGCUUAAUAAACUUCAGAACCAAGGCUGUAACUCGCAGGAGACGUCCAAGAUUACUGAAGGCUUCACUUUGAAUGAUAUUAGACAGCAUAGUAGGUUCACUGUUCAUUGCAAGAGCUGUCAUUACUGUCUUCCGAUCCUUCACCCUCAUUUCUACAAGGCAGGCCUCAGGGACUGGCUCUUCCGCAAUCUCCUUCCGAUUCUCCAGGCCUUCGAAACUAGUCAGCCACUUGGGACCAUUCCACCAUAGCACACUGUUCUCCAACUCACGACAGUCCAUACCUCUAGAGAGUAAGUCGGCUGGGUUGUCAGCCCCUGGACAAUGAUUCCAGCAUUCUUCAGGUACAAGCUUUCUUAUCUCGUCAACACGGUGCUGAACAAAUGGUUUCCACUCCUUCUGGCUCUGAACAAUCCAAUACCAGGCUAUCUUGGAAUCUGUGCAACAAAACAAUUUGUCAAUCUUCAUCUCAGAACUAAGUGCUUCCUUUACGCUAUGGAUCAGUCUGGACAGGACUACCGCGGAUAGCAGUUCUAGACGCGGUAUCGUCUGCUCCGAGAGAGGUGCUACUCGUGUUUUUGAAGAUACAAAUCUCACAUAACUUGCACACGUCGUCACAAUACGCAGAAAGACCACCGCACCGUAUGCCUUAGCUGAUGCAUCACAGAACCCAUGCAGUUCACUCGCAAUCACUUCCCCUUCCGUGCCGGCAUAAUAACAUCUCGGAAGAGUAAGAGGUUUAACACCCUGCAGUUGUGUCACCAAUCUCUGCCAGAUUGACUUGCAAGAACCUUCCAGUGGUUCGUCCCAGUCUCUCUUGUCCUUGCACAACUCUUGAAACAGGAUUUUAAACUGGAGUGUGAUCGGAGAAAUCAGACCGAGUGGAUCAUACAUUUUUGAGGCUGUGCUAAUCACGUUUCUCUUAGUAGGUUCUACUCUCUUUACUAAAGAGGCAGUGUUUGUAAAAUCAAAGACGAGGUUGUCAUUGUGAUAGUUCCAAAGAGUCCCUAAAAUUCUUUGAACGCUAACAUCUUCAACUGCACUUCCUAGAACACUUCUUGAAUAGGUCAUAUCUUCUUCUUCCACGACGUUUGUGUCUACUACUGGUGUUUCAACAACCUGCUUGUCAACAUUCCCUCCAUCUCCAGAAGCUGUUUCUCCUGAGACCAAUCUCUCAUUGUCCUCAAUUCUCGCUCGCAGUUCUCCUGAAUUUGUGAUAAACUUCCGCAAAUUGAAACCUGUUUCCCUGAGCCUCGAUUUCGAUUUCACAUAGAGCUCAAAGGUGCUGUCCACGUCACUGUCCCCCGAUGUCAGGUCAUCAACAUAGAUACUUUCAAGAAACUUCCUGGUAAAAUCAGGGUCACAUUGUUCAUACUGCUCUAUAUGAUGUUUAAUUGUGGCGUUCAGUAAGAAUGGGCUUGAAGAGAGUCCAAACACAACACGUGUAAACCUCAGUGUAAUAACUUUAGGUUCAGCCUUAUCGAUGUCAUCGACCCACAGGAAACGGAGUACAUCCUUGUCAGUUUCAUUCAUAUGGACCAUUAAGAACGCCUUCUCAAUGUCUCCCACCAGAGCUACUCUGUGAUUUCGGAACCUCAACAUAAUGUCAAAGAUACUUUGUGUAAGCGCAGGACCGGCAUGAAGACAAUCAUUUAAUGAAGCUCCAUCUGACUUGGCUGAGGCGUCAUAUACAAUUCUUAACUUUGUAGUUGACUUGUCUCGUCUGAUAACAGCGUGAUGAGGGAUGUAAUGGACAACAUCAGGCUUGGUUUCUUCAUUCACAACUUCCACAAUUCCUCUUUCGAUUUGAUCCUUUAUAACACUGUCAUACUCCUUCAGGAUGCCUGGCUUCUCACGGAGUCGACUCAGCAAACCUUGCAAUCUUCGAAGACUCAACUCAUAAUUUUCAGGGAGUGGUGGAUGUGUAGCCUUCCACGGGAGACUGACCUCAUAGUGGUCUCCCUUGUACAACAACUUCUCAACAAACUCUUCAUAGACACUUGGCGGCUUCACACCGAGAGACUCUAAGUCCCAGAACUUCUUCAACUCUCCCUGAAGACCAUCAUAAGACACUUGAUCAGUAGCACAUUUUAAGACAUGGGUUGUCACAAGAUUACUUCUCUGUUGAUUUUCUACACUCCCUAAGUAAACGGGUCCUGAAAGUACCCAUCCCAGUUUGGUGUGAACAGCUGUAGGACCUUGGGCCCCUUUAAUGGUGUGGCCAGUCACCAACUUCCAAUAAUAAUCUGAACCAACUAGAAUGUCAACACCAAGAGUCUCUCCUUCGGUACAAAAGUCAGCAAGUUUGAGUCCCGAAAGGCAGGGGUUAUUUUUCACUGCUAGUUCCACAGGUUGACCUUGUAAUGGUUGACAAAUUAGAGGCAAUGUAAAAGCUGACAGUGAAAGAUCUGGUUCUCCGUUUAGCUCUACUCCUAGGGCCACAACUUCUACCAACUCUAAUCUUUCAACGGUACUUCCAAAGGUUUUUAUUGAGACUUGCUUCUUCUCUAUUGUAGGUAGUUGAAGAAUGUUCCUCAGGUUGUUUGUAAGAUAGGUGCGCUGACUUCCACUGUCCAAGAUUAUUCUAACCCUGACCUUAACCUCUGGCUGUUGAGGAUUGUACACCACGGCUUGGGCAGUUUGAAGGAACACAGGUGUAGUGGAAUCAGUAUGAAAAACGACACUAUUGCUGGCAGUUUGGGCUGUUAAGCAUUGCUGUUGUGGUCCUGGUGUGGGAACUGGUGUUUCAGGUUUCGUUGGCUGUAAAGGACUCAGGUUGGCUUGUCAAAUACUAACAUGGUGUCUGCCCUUGCAGUUAUGACACUUGAAUUUGGCUGAGCAGUUACGACUAAUGUGAUCUUUUCGCAGGCAAACAAAACAUCUCCCGUACUUCUUCAAAAGCUCCUUACGAGCUAGUACAUCAGGUACUGUUUGGCAAUCCCUUGAUGGGUGUUUUCCCCUACAGUAGGUGCAGGUGGGACAGUUAGCAUCACCACCAGUUAACAAGGCAUGAGUAGUUCCUUCUUCCCUUCGUUUCGGUUUUGGUGGAGAGGUUUGUCCUUUGUUCACUGUAGACCCUCCUGCCCUUUCUCUUGCCUCAAGUUCUCUUUUAAAAAUAUUGAGCAAUUGAUCCAACUGCCAAUCAUCAUCUCCAAUUUCUCUUGUAAUAACAAGACGAAAUUCUUGGGGUAGCUUAUUCAUUAAGAUGGAUGAUAGCAAACCCCCAUACGAUUCACGUGAAACUCCUAAUGACUUUAAGCUUCUCACAUUAGAUUCAACAGUGUCGUGCAGCUGACGUAGGCUUCUUACAUGAUAGUGAGAUGUGACAGAUUCAAGAUUCAACAAAAUUUCCAUGUGACGAUUAAUUAUUUGCUGCUUGUUGCCAAAUCUAGCUUUCAAAAUGUCUACUGCUUCCUCAUAGUUCGAUGCCCCAAGACUUAACCCGGAAAUGGCCUCUGCCGCUGACCGUUCGAGCAACGAGUUUAGGUAGUUAAAUUUGUCAAUGGCAGUUAAACUCUCAUUUUUAUGAACUGAGGCUUCAAAACUAUCUCAGAAAGAAAUCCACUUACUGUGAUCGCCGUCGAACUUCUUUAACUCCAGCUUUGGCAAUUUAACUUGAGUAUUUCUCCGCACAGAUGAAGAGGAAUUCGACGUUGAAGCUGAAGGAGGCGAAGAAUUACUCCCGAUUUGAACUUCAUUUGCUGACGUGCUUUCCGCCACGUUCGCUUCGGUAUUUACAUUUGAACACACGACCUUCGGCGACAAGGCGUUUUCUAUGUUAGCAAUAGCCAACUGAACAUUUUCCUCCAGCAAAUCUGCUCGUUCAAUUUCACCUUCGAUUUCUUCUUCGGCCACAAGGUCAAGAAUUUCUGCAUCAAGUUGCUGAAGAGUAUUGAGUUUCUGCUGUAGGCUGUCCCUUUGUUGUUUCAGCUUGAUUUGGUGUUCCCGCACUUGAGAAAUGUCUCCUCCUCCAAGGACAUCAAUAACGGAUGAAAUAAUACGUUUCGCACUUGACCUGUGCCCUGCACGCUGCCGUCGCUUUCUGGCGAGUUCUUCGGCCAUAACACAACACAACUUCACUCACAACUGGUACGUAGCAUCCGCUUUUAUCCGGCUAACGAUGGACCAUGUAGGCGAAUAUGAACUGUAUUUUAUUCCAAGGAUUGUCAGGCUCGAUUCCUAAAAGGUUACAACACUCCGAAGGGUCCAACUUCUAAAGGAUUACACAGGAUUCCACAGAUUCAAUUCACUUAAGGCUCACAGAUCGUCAAGAUGGCUACAAGAACGCAACACGUUUUCGGAUCUCUCCCAGAAGGCCUAGCGCGCUCCUAAACUCUUACGUCAUCGCGCACAAUUGCCCAUAGUUGUUUAAUACAACAAGUACCAAGUAUAGCCUAUGUGUAGCUGUUACAGGUGAAAUGAUAUUCAGAUUAAAAUUUUUUACUUAGGUUAAUUCUUAAUUUUCUUUGUCUACUAGCCCUAAUUCAUGAACAAUCAGUGGUGGGAGACAAAGGAAAUUGAGAAUCAACCUAGGUUAAAAAUUUAACCUGAAUUAAAGUUUGACCAGUAAUAUAGCCAUUCCCUAUCCCCCCAUUCCCCCCCCCCACCCCACCCCUCCACAGAAAAAACAGAAAGGAGGGAAUGAGUGAAAUUAAAAUGAUAAUAAUCAUUAUUUAUUUAAUUAUAAUUAUUAUUUAGCAAAGUGAAAAAUUAAUAUUGGAGAUUUGAGGGUGGAUGAUGGUAGUUUCUUUUUUGUCAGUUCUUUGUUGCUUUUCCUCUUGCUUUGAGUGAUCCAGUGUGAGUCGUUAAUUACAGUAAAAUGUUCGAGCUUACAAGGUCAAAAUAUACUUCUCAAAUCCUGUCAGUAGGUACCAAUAAAGCCAGCCUAAAUUUAUUUCACAAUAUUUAGUGACCUUAGUGACUGUCCAUUUUGAGGUUUUUGUGUUUUGUUAUUAGUAUUCAUCAAUCCCUGAGCGGCAUAUAGUAGCUUCAUGGUCUGAAAGAGGACAAGUUCAUAUCUGGGACGUAUCUCAACAAGUGAUAUCAGUUGAUAAUCCAGCAAUUUUAGCUGGACCAAGUCAUGCAAAAGACUUUAAACCACUGUUUACAUUUGAUGGUCAUCAGGUCAGCUUAAGUACACUAAUAGCUUAGUAGUCACUCCUAGAAUGAAUAUUAUUUGACGAAGAGAAAUCUAGGUUUUACGUAUUUGUGUUAGUGCUAACGGUGAGUUUAUUGUGAUGAGGUGUGACUUUUAAACUCAAACCUUUUCAGCAGUUCUUUCACAUGGUACUAUUUUUAAGUACAAGUGUAUUCUACAAAAAGAAAUUCUUGAAUUUUUGAUUUGUGACAGGCAAUGACUGAAUUUGGCAAAUCGUUUCGAUUUAUUAUUCACCUGCUAGCAAACAGACUAAAUGAACAAAAUUAAAAAUCACAAUAUGAAAUGUUUAAGUACUAGGUGUUCCUUACCAUUAACUUAGUGUCCUUAGUUUCUCCAACACAUCAAUUUACAAAUAAGUGAGAAAUUAAUAACCGCGAAGUCAAAAUACAGUUAAUGUCAGUUGUUAUUAAUCUGAAUUCUUAACUCAUUCGUUUUUUUUUUAAGACGGAAGGUUUUGCUAUGGAUUGGUCAAGUACUGUCUGUGGAAGGUAGAAAAUGCAUUUACUGCUUAAUAGUUUAACUUUAAAGACUUAAAAAACACAACACUUUGCUGAAAGAGUUUCUUUAAUGUUUAGAUCGUGAGCAGUGUCCCAUAUUUUUUGGACUUAAGAGCUGCAAGAUGUGAGAAGCGAGGGUUACAGCUGCCUGGCAGCUUUUCCGUGUCAUGCUCUCAGUCAUAUGCGUUACUAUUUCCUUCUCUUGUGUUUUUGUUCAACGGACUGAAAAAAAUGAUAAUAUUACAUUUGAUAAAUAUGAUAUUAAGAAUUAAUUAAGUUUUACUUAGAAAAAAAAACUUGACUUUAAUAAACCUUUAUAAAUGGGGUUCCCAUAAAACCUAAAGUGCGAUACAUCAAAGCUUAUGUGGAGCUGAUACUAGAUAAUUUUUAAAUGCUGGCAUUAACUACUAUUUCCUCAGUAUUUUUUAAAAAAAUCGUUCUUAGGGGUAUAAUAAAAGGGUGACACUAAAAACAACAUAAUAGCCAUUUAAUAGAACUGAUCAGGCACUUGUAUUAAACUCUAAAAUACACUGUAUCCUGACAACCAAGAUGGGUUUCGUUUAUUGUCUGUCUCACGACGUUUCGACCGCGUACUAUCUUCAUCAGGCGAUAGUAGGCAGCUUAAGCAACUACGACGACGACCACAACAACUGCUCUGCACGUGCAUCACGCUUUUUAGUACAUUUCUCUGACGUCCACUGCACGUUUUGUGGAGGAUGUGGAUAUACGACGACAAAUUGUCCUUUCUCUAUUUGAACAUGGAUAGAAUCGUUAAGAAUUCAACUCCAGGAAAACUCGGCUACAUUUGACGAAAUAUGCGGUUUCAAAUACACGCGAUAAAUUUUGAAAGGAAGCAAAUUCAUUUUUUUUUCGUGCAUGAUGUUUCAGGUGUUUUCACUUCCGUCGUUGUCGUUGUUGUUUAAGGUCCCUAGUGACGAAUUACUGAGUGGGACUAUUUGUACCACCUGGUUCGAGUAGUCCUACUUAGUAAAAUAAAUGGACUCUAUCUAGAGGAACAAGUAAAAGGAAAUUAAGUAAAGUAAGAAAACUAGAAAUUUGUCUUGUUUGAGAUUAGAUUAGCGACAGGUGAUUGCAAGAGGAAUAUUCAUCUUUGGUCGGCUGUUGAAGGUGGCAGCUGGCAUGUUGAUCAGAGACCAUACAAUUCUCAUACAGACUCUGUUGAAGACAUACAGUGGAGCCCUAAUGAACAGAAUGUAAGCAAACUAUCUAGUAACAAAAUUAGCGGAUGGUUAUGCGAAAUCGUCAAAGCCUGAAAGCUUUUUACUUAAUAGUACUUUCAAACUGUUGAUGUUGCGUACCGUUUUUCUUUGCAUUGCUGAAGGACGUUGUUAUCAUUACAUGAUUUGUUAUUCCUUUAGGGGAUGAAAGUCCUUUGAGUAGAGCUAGUUCUGCUGACUUUUAGUAUUUCAAGUUCCUUUAUUCUUCAUUGUAAUACUUACUCACCAGUUGAGUACAUUGUGCGAGUAGCCGAGGAGACAUGGCUUGACAAGUCGCUCAUAAGCUUUUGAAAUGAAACCUUCUUUAAAAGUACUACCAAAAGAUUCAUAAAUGGUUCGUCACGCGUUCGUUCGCUGGAAAGGAACUCUUGACGAAGCCCUAAGAACGUCUUCGUGGGCGGCUGGUGUGAAGAAUACAGGUCUUAUGAUACAGUGAUGUUAAUAACUGUCAGUGUCUUAUUUAUCCUUAACACAGGUAUUUGCGUCCUGUUCAGUGGACAAAACAAUACGAAUCUGGGACGCGAGAGCCAAACCCUCCAAAGCCUGCAUGUUGACUACACAAGCACAUGAGGCUGACGUUAAUGUUAUUUCUUGGAACAGGUGAGAUGUGGCUCAGUUGCAAUAGUAUUAUAAAUGUUAUUUAAACAAAUAAACCCCCAUUUGUUUCAUUUUCAAUCUGAAUUUAUUUUAUACUAAAACUUUUAAGUAUGGAUUGUUUUAGAGCAUUCAGAGCAACAAUUAGUUUUUGAAUAUGAAAAGCUUCAUGCUAAGGUAACCUCCUUCAACAAUGAUGGCUUCACACUUUGCAAUGGAGUUCCCAGAAACGUGAGAAAAUUAUUAAUUGAGGUGAGAGAACGUAUGUGACGCGCACUAUUUAGGAAGUAAUAGGAAGCUUAAGAUCGGAACACGCCGUCGGUGGCGAAAAACGUUGUUUCUUAGGAGAAGGAGAGGAAGAAGAAAAAAAAAAACACCUGAUCGCAGAGUUGACGCUCUCGUUGCCGUCGCCGACGUCGGAUUUUUAAAAGUAAUGCAAGUGAAGUGCUACUUUACCGUUAUACUCUAGCUGUCUGCAGAUGAAAACAUUUAAAGUUCUGUUUUGGAUUUCUAUUCAGAAAUGAACCAUUCAUAGUUUCUGGAGGCGAUGAUGGUGUUAUAAAAGUUUGGGAUCUUCGGCAGUUUCAAAGGUAUGAGGAUUCAUCUCAAGGGUACCUGAUCAGUCAACAUCACAGGCACACCAACCUGAUCAUACAGGGUGUACCAUCAGUCAGUUUAACACAGAAAGACAUGUCAGCUAUACUAUUCCUAUAAUUGUAAGGAUAGUAUCAGAGAAUGUAUGUCCUUCGUUUUGUCUGUCUGCAUUUGACCAUCUGUUAACAUAAGCGUGCCUUGCGUAAUUAGCUGAAAAAAGCAUCCCAGUGCAAAACGUUUGCUCUUGGUAGUUCAAUAUCUGACCCUGCGGUUAUAUAACAAUUAUUCGCUUAAGGCGAAGUUAAUAUUGUUGAAAUAUCUCCCAGAAGAAGUCGAGGGGAUUAUUCAACAAUAUUAACUUCGCCUGAGGUAAAUAAUUGUUUUAGUAUAUUCACAGGGUAUAUAACAUUUCUCCCCCCUUUGUCUCUUUACAGUGGUGUAUCUGUAGCAGUAUUCAAGCACCACACAGCACCUAUCACUUCAGUUGAGUGGCACCAUACUGACAGCUCAGUAUUUGCUGCUUCUGGAUCAGAUAAUCAAGUUACUCUGUGGGACUUGGCAGUGGAGCAAGACAACGAUACCGAAGGCGAAGGAAGACAUCUGGAUGUUCCUCCACAGCUGUUGUUCAUCCAUAUGGUAUGGAUGUCAGCAGAGAUUAGGAUUUUAUCUCUACCGUGGAACCUCUCCUUUAGGACUCCUCUAUUCAAUACAAGGGAUACCUCCAUUCAUGGGACACAAAAAUUGGUUCCCUUAAAAUGUUCACCUCCAUCUUUGUAUUUUAUUACCUCUAUUGAUUAGACACCUCUAUUCAGGGGAAAGAGACACUUUUUCGGGGUCCCGAAACCUGGGUUUCAACACCUUAGUACUAGAAACGUGACAGACCACAAAAAAAAAUAAUAAAAUUACUUUAAGUGAACACUAGGCUAGUCACAAUUGAUGGGGCAUAAUUUACCAUAUCAGCUGGUUUUACUAGACUACGAGCAGUCACUCAUUUCCUCAGUGAUAGUGAAGCGAGAGAAAUACGGGAGGUCGCGUGAAAAUCGCCUCCGCGUCUCUCCACUCCUCAUGUCGCUCGCUUGCCGCUCGCAGUUCUUACUUUAUGAAUUACUGGUUAAAAAGAAAGCGAUCUGAGGCUACGAGCUUCGACCGGCUCAAAAUUUGACUGGACGCUUCGUCCACACGGGACCGUUCAAUGCGUCCACCCUUUCGUAAGGUGGUCCCGUGGGAACUGAACGUGGCCUGAGCCUAAGAAAAAGGUACUCGAGUUUUCAAAUCCCAAAAAAACAAAAAUGCGAAAAUAACGAGACGCAAACAACACUUAAUCCCUCAAUGGAAUGGCCAUACCUUGGCUUUCCGGUACAUCUUCAAAGACACAAAAGUUGGAACUCUGGCAGGUGUAAGUUGAAUCGACCACGAGAGCGGCAUAUCCUCAGGGUACUAGUGUGGGGGAGCGUGAAGGGAGCUCAGGGGUGGUGAGGUGGAUGGACAUAGAGAAAGUUACCCCGGUUGAUAUUUCUUCUUUGUUUUUUCAUUUAUUUUUUCUUCGGGACAUGUUUUUGGGCAUUUUCCUUUUUUUUAAAAUGUCGCUCAUUUCUUUCUUGUUUUAUUCCAGGGUCAAAAGGAUGUGAAAGAAGUUCAUUGGCAUCGGCAGUUACCCGGAGUAAUGAUAAGCACUGCUGAGAGUGGCUUCAAUAUCUUCAAGACAAUCAGCGUAUAG